AUGCAGGAUGCCGGGGCAAUGCUGGAUGAGAGAAACUACACUGUGGGUAUCACUUUGGUGGCUCGCCAAAAACUUUGGCAAGAUGCCUUGUAUAUUUUUCGUUCCAUCUCCACUGCAGGACUCUCACCGAAUGCAUUCAACUACACUGCAACCAUCAGCGCUUGUGAGAAAGCAGGGCACUGGCAAAUGGCACUGCACCUCUUUCAGGAGAUGCUAAAAGAAUUGCUUGCAGAUGUGGUGGGAUUUAGCGCUGCCAUCAGUUCUUGCGAGAAGGGUUUCCAAUGGCAGACAGCUUUGGAUCUCUUCCAGUCCAUGCAGCGAGUGAAAGUUCAUCCCAACGUUUACAGUUACAGCGCUGCCAUCAGUGCGAGCGAACGAGGAGGGCAAUGGGCCCUGGCUUUGGCUUUGCUGGUUACGAUGUUCACGGUCCGAAUUCUUCCAAACAAGUUCAGCUAUAGUGCAGCCAUCAGUGCUUGCGGGAAGAAUGGCCAGUGGCAGCGAGCGCUACGACUCUUCGAGGAGAUGGUUACGACUCACGUGAGUCCCAAUGUGGUCAGCGUCAAUGCCACGAUCAGUGCCUUUGAGAAGGUUGGAAAGUGGCAGCUGGCGUUGUGUUUCCUGAAAGGUUUUCGAUCGAUCACACCAGACCUCAUCAGCUACAAUGCUACAAUGAGUUCAUGCGAGAAAGGCGGAAAGUGGCAGAUGGCUCUGCAUGUUUUUCUUGAUAUGUACAAGAAGAAGAUCUCUCCAGAUGUCACAAGUUACGGCGCUGUUGUGAGUGCAUGUGAGAAGGAUGCAGAAUGGCAGCUGGCUUUGCACCUUCUGCGGCGCUGGCAGCGAAAAACAGCAAAGAACUUGAAGCUCUCAGGAGGUCAGCUGCUCGUUUCGGCAGCAAAGGAAGGAGCUUUCCCAAAGCAAAAGGUAGCUCCCCUCAAUGUGGAAGAAUUCUCUGCCAAGAUGUUCUUGGAGGCCUUUUCUGAAAAAGGUCGCCGCAUGAACACCUUGUCCAAGAUGAUCGAAGAGGCGGAAGUUCAGAUCAAGCGAAGAGAACAGCAGAGCAUCGAGCUGCAGGCACACAUUUCGCAGAACAAGUUGGAAAUCGCGCACCUGCAGCUGGAUUUAGAUUGGCAUCGAUCAGCAUUGGAAGGUGCUGAGGAACGGCGCAAGGAGCUACAAACUUCGCAGAGGAAGCUUCUGGGAACUCUGCACGGAAAGAUCUACGGGAUCUCAGAUCAGGCCAGUUCCACAAUGUGUCCUUCGUCUCCAGCAGGUGCAUCUUUUCCCAGGCCUCCAGACAGGCCUCCAGGUGAAUCAUGGUGA